AUGCCACGCUUCGUCGACCUCCCGCGCGAGCUCCGCGACUUGGUCUACAAUGAACUCUCUGAGCCGCUCACGUUCAUCUGGCGGCAUCCGACGGAUAGGAUCCAGUCGGUGAACAUCGACUGCGCGACGGUCCCUAUCACCAAGGCGGCAGUUCUGGGCCCCAAGGUGCUGCGGGAGAUGGGCCAGGCGCCGGUCUUCCAGGACCUGGAGAUGACGGUCGGCAUCGCCAUCCGGGACGAGCACCAACCUCUGAUCGGCACCAUGCCGUUAACGAACGCGCCUAUCCCCGACGCGCACGAGAUCCCGCACGAGCAAGCCCUCCAAUUCCUCAGCUGCGCCACGCACCUCACCAUCCUCGUCGUCGUGACCUGCAUCCACGCGCAGAAACCGGGCUUCUCGCUCCCCUGGGAGGCCGUCAUGGGGCUGAUGGCCACGCUCUCCGCGCGCGGGCUGCGCUUCGCCACCGUCAAGGUAGGCAUGCACACGCGCAAUGUGGAAGUGCUCCGGUGGAGCACGCUCUGGAACCGGCGCCCGGUUCAAACUAUGCUCCGGAGGCACAUCUUCGCCGAGUUUGGCUCCGCCAAGCUGCAGGGCAGCUUCCCCAUCCAAGACAUCGAGGCGUGCAGCCUGGCUCUUGACGACGUCAAUGCCGUUGCGGAUUAUAUAACGAAGCGUGUUACCCCGGCGUCGAAUGUUCACUUCGCGCAUAGCGUCACUAAGACGGCGGCGUACCUGUACGCGGACGACCCUGCGGACGCCGCGGGUCGCUUCUGGACGAGGGAUAGCGUGCUGGAGACGUUCCCGCCCACCGAUCCACCGAAGGGCAAGCAGAAGGUGUGGGAGCUGCUCGGCGAGGGGUCUGAGGAGCGGUACGCGGGGAAGAAGAAUAGCGUGAAGCUGUGGAGGGAGAAGAGGGACGGGGUGUGGAGGGAGUGGGAAAACACGUCCGUGUUUGCCGUUGAGGGCGAGCCGCAGAUUGAGGUUACGGAUCCGAUUACACGACGAUUGCGGAGGAAGACGCCGGUCUGGAACCCUGGAGGCCCGUGGUGGACGCCUCCCUUUUGA